AUGAAUGGCCAUUCUGCUUCUUCUCCUCGGGACCGUUUCUUGCAAUUCUGGCCGCAGGUCAAGAAAGAUGUGAUCGAGUCAGCCCAGGCUGAAAAUUUACCCUCGGAUGCCUUAGAUUGGUUCGAAGCAAACUUGGAAUAUAACACCCCUGGUGGCAAAUUAAAUCGAGGAACAUCAGUGGUGGAUACCCUUCAAAUUCUGAAAGGUCGCGAGCUCGACCCAAAAGAAUACCAUUCAGCUGCCGUCUUAGGAUGGUGUGUUGAGCUGCUUCAAGCUUAUUUCCUGGUGGCCGAUGACAUGAUGGACCACAGCUUGACACGAAGAGGACAACCGUGCUGGUACAAAGCACCCAAAGUUGGGAACAUUGCGAUCAAUGACUCCUUCAUGCUGGAAGCUUCAAUCUACGUUUUGCUCAAGAAGCACUUCCGCAACCACCCGGCAUAUGUCAACCUCCUCGAAUUAUUCCAUGAUACCACCUAUCAAACCGAAUUGGGUCAACUAGUCGAUCUGUUAACAGCUCCUGAAGAUUCCGUUGAUUUAUCAAAGUUUUCGAUAGAGAAACACCAUCUCAUCGUAGUUUACAAAACCUCAUUCUAUUCGUUUUACUUGCCAGUGGCACUGGCAAUGAGACUACAUGGAAUCACGUCCCCUUCGGAUCCAGGAUCGAACGAUAGUCCUUCGAUUGACCUUUACAAACAAGCGAUGGAUAUUCUCUUGCCACUUGGCGAAUACUUUCAAGUCCAGGAUGACUACUUAGAUUGUUAUGGUGACGCUCAAGUCAUUGGAAAGGUCGGGACAGACAUCGUGGAUAAUAAAUGCUCUUGGAAUAUCAAUGUCGCUCUGAAGAACUGCACCCCAGAACAGCGGAAGAUUUUGGAGUCAAAUUACGGACGAAAAGAUAAGACGAGUGAAGCAAAAAUCAAGGAAAUCUUUGAAUCCAAGGAAGUGAAUCUAACAAAGAGAUUCACUGAAUACGAAGAAGAAUCUUUCAUAAAACUGAAUGACUUAAUCGAUCAGAUCGACGAAAGUCUAGGCCUCAAAAAGGAACUCUUUCGCGCCUUCUUAGCUAAAAUUUACAGACGAAUCAAAUAA